AUGUCGUCUUUAUCUUUUACAGCAUCAACUAAUAAAUUAAGUCGGGAAGAUUAUCGCCGUCAAAAAGAUCUUGAGGCGGCAAGAAAAGCUGGUACUGCUCCUGCAGAGCAAGAUGAAGAAGGAAAAGAUAUUAAUCCUCAUAUCCCUCAAUACAUCGCCAAAGCGCCAUGGUAUUUAGACACUGGACGUCCAACUUUAAAACAUCAGAGGUUUCUUCCUAUUGAGGAAACAAAAGAUAAUAGUCAAUGGUAUGCACGUGGUCUUCGUGCUGGUCCAGCUGCAACGAAAUUUAGAAAAGGUGCCUGUGAAAAUUGUGGUGCUAUGACUCAUAAAACAAAAGAAUGCAUGGAUCGUCCAAGGAAAACAGGUGCUAAAUGGACUGGUCAAGAUAUAAAACCUGAUGAAAUAAUUCAAGAAAUUGAUUUAGAUUAUGAUGCUAAAAGAGAUCGCUGGAAUGGUUAUGACCCAUCUGAACAUGAAAAAAUUUAUGAAGAAUAUGAAAAAAUUGAAGAAGCAAGACGUAAAAUGAAAGCUAAUGAACUUGAUAAACAAAUUAAUACAAAAACGAGAACUACUAUCAGAAAUUUGAGAAUUCGUGAAGAUACUGCAAAAUACUUGAGAAAUUUGGAUAUAAAUUCUGCUUAUUAUGAUCCUAAAACUCGUUCUAUGCGUGAUAAUCCAAAUAAAGAUAUCGGUGCUGAAGAUAGUUUUUAUGCUGGUGAUAAUUUUGUACGUUAUACAGGAGAUGCUCCAAACAUGGCAAAUCUUCAGCUCUUUGCUUGGCAAGCUUAUGAAAAGGGUACUGAUGUUCACUUACAAGCAAAUCCUACUCAAGGUGAACUAUUACAUCGUGAAUAUCUUCAAAAAAAAGAAAAACUUAAAGACACUAGCAAAGAUUCGAUUUUGGCAAAAUAUGGUGGUGAAGAACAUUUGAAUGCUCCACCAAAAGAAUUGUUAUUGGCUCAAACUGAGCAAUAUGUUGAAUAUUCAAGAACCGGGAGAAUAAUAAAAGGCCAGGAACGUGCUGUAGCAAAGUCAAAAUAUGAAGAAGAUGUCUUCAAUAAUAAUCAUACUUCUAUAUGGGGUUCAUAUUGGGCUAACGGUAAUUGGGGAUAUAAAUGUUGUCGCUCUUUUAUUAAAAAUUCAUAUUGUACUGGCCUGGCCGGUAUCGAAGCUGCAAAUGCUUCUAAUCUCUUGACUGCCUCAGAGAUUAAAAAUGAAGAAGAGUCUUCAAAUAAAAAAUCCCUUGUUGAAAUUCACGCAGAAAAUAUGAAAAAAUCAAAAUCUAAAAGCGUUGAUGACACGAAUAAGCAUUUAAAACGUAAGAAUCUUGGUGAAGGUGAUAUUCAAUUGGACGUUAAAAAACUUAAAAAGGCAUUGGAAGAAGAAGAUAAACGAAACAAAAUAAAGAAACCAGAUUUUAUUAUCGACGAUAGAAAACGACCUUACAACAGUGCUUUUAUGGGUAAUCAAGAUAAAAUUGAAUCUGAAAUUACUGAAGAGGAGUUAGAGGCAUAUCGAUUGAAAAAACAAUCUUAUGAGGAUCCCAUGGCAAAUUAUGUUGAUGAAGAGGAUUAA